GCGCCAAGCAAAGAUAGCAGGAACACAAAGAAAGACUUAUGACCAAUCACAUGGCGAUUCUCUUUCUGCUUCCAAAACAAAUGUCUGUAUCCGGUUUAGAGAGAUUCCAAGCAUGUCUGCAAACAACAGUGUGACGACAGUACAGCUAGGCUCCGUUAGCCAAGCGGUUGAACUCCCAAUUCACUUUUUACCUUGCGAGAUUGAACACGAUGGUCCUGCUGAAGUAUCCCAGUAUUUUACCUCCACUGUGAAGGACCGCAAACACGAAUUGACUGUAUCCUUUAGGGGUCGGGGGUUGAAAGGCCAGGAGGUGAACUGUCCUGAAGGCUACACAGGUCUUGUUCUGAAACAAGUCCAUAAACCAAGCUCGGAUCAAGAGGAUGGUGCAGUGAAAGUUUCCUCCACGUUCCAUAACCUCACAUAUUGGAACCUGGAGAUCCCCCCCUCUACUGAUGAUGGAGUUGUCAUGGCAAUGGCAUGGCCCAAACUAGCAGACGCAAUACAUGGGCCAGUAGAAGACUAAGAAAGAACAAUCUAGUAACUGACAGAAUCCAGUCCCGUCAAGUUUACCAGUGGCAAAGACUACAAUACAUUUGUUUUAGAAUGGAGCUAAGAUGUACAGUUGCUUUCUUAAAACUGAAAUGGCCUCUGUUGCUAAGAUUUUCUGCACUUGAUUUUUAAGCGUUGUGGUCCAUUUUAGUAUUUAAUAUAAAAUAUUUCAUUAAAAUCGUGAGCUUUUUUCUUCAAUCUUUUCUAAAAAAUCAAUUUAAUGUGAAACUUAUUUACAAAGUCAGUAAGAGUUACUCACUGGUUUUAUUUACAAUGGCAAACAACAAUUUCACCAGUUUCCUCAUGAGUUCGCUACAAAUGUGUUUAAAAAAAAUGAAGACCCAAGACAAAUUUCUAUUGACAUGAUGGAAAGUGUAAAAGAUCUUUUCAGUACAUUUGA